AUGUCAACUUCCAAUCCUUCCCCACCGUCCCUUACCUCCUUCCCACCACUCACCGGAUCCCAAGCGACACCAAAAGAGCCCUUCCGCUUUCUUGAUUUACCGCUGGAAUUGCGCGAGCAGAUAUACUCGUUGUACUUCAAACCAGCGGAUCGCCUGCACAAGUCUGCGACCCUUGAGAGUCAGGGAUUCUAUGGAGGAGUGUAUGGUUUUGAGUUUGGGCUGUAUAAGACGUGUAAGCAGAUUGCAAAGGAGGCGAAGAAGGUGUGGAGGAGAGAGGUCAAAACGGUUAAGAUUGGGACGCCUUGGCCUAGUGCUGUAAACCACAUAUCAUCCGAAGGCCUUGUGCCUAUAAUAUGCACCGAUCGCGAAGCAGACUGCUUCAACGAUCACCAUGCACUUAUCCAAAUCACCGCACCGUUUACCCAAGCUGUGCCCGAGCACACCGUCGUCUUGCUCCUCGACGACCUACACCUCUUCACGCAGACAUGGUACUACUCAGCUCUCAGCUACCCAAUGCUGAACGAUCGAUUGUCGACAGCAUUUGUGUUGAGAGAUCCAGACAUGGACGAUGUCGAUGAAGGUGACGAGAAGGACAUUCCUCUGGCGUUACAGCGAAAGCUGCUCUUACCGUUCAGUCAGGUCAAAGGGCUGUACUCUAUGGAAAUCGAAGGCUUCAACAAAACCGUCGAACGCGAACUUCGCGACGCCAUGGCCGUUCCUCCACCGACCCUCCAACACAGCUGUGAAUCCGCCACGAAGCUUCUACACGAAGGCGACGCGCACCUCGCAAAGGGCAUAGACGGCGCAGAGGAGGCACGAGAAGCAUACAAGCAGGCCUUUCAUGCGAUACACAUCCUCAUCAAAGGCCGUACGAGAAGAGUGCUGGCGGAUACAUUCUUCCACGCUACGAUCAACAACGGUAUACACGCGGGCCAAACCGGCAUGACCGUCCGCGUAAUCCUCCGUCUUAAACUCGUUGCACGCAUCAUAGCGACCUAUCUUGUCCAGCAAAACUGGGUCGAAGCAGCAUUCUGGGGCAUGCGCAGCGUGCGCAUAAUGAGUGAGGCCAUGGAUACCGAGUUCGAAGACUUCCUCGCCGACCUCGUCGGCGGCGACGAUGUUGGGCUGGUGUAUGUGAGAACGGGCAUCGCGCUGUAUAAGAUGAAGGCGGAUGUCGAGACGUGGCAUGAGGAGUUGAAGGGGUAUGAGGGCGAGGAGAUGGCGGAUGUUAGUCAGUUGUUUAGGGUGAGUCAGAAACAUUUGAAGAGGGGGAAGGAGAAGGUUAGAGGGGAGCUGGAGAUGUAUGGGAUUCCGAGGCCGUUUGUCAUGCUGUUCAAUGAUCCAGAGCCAGCAAGAAGCGAUGCAGGGUCUGAGACGGUGAAUGUUGAUCCGACGGAACACGUUGGUGUAGGGGGUGUCGCGGGAUGGUUUUGAGGACAAUGCACUCUGUGCGGGAGUCGAGAGUAUAUAGUGUAGAGUUACCAGAAACACCAUCUAUGUUGACCGGCGAAACAGGAUCAGGCAUGCUUGCAGAAAGGAUCAGGCAUGUUUGCAGAAAGGAUCAGGCAUGUUUGCAGAAAGUAUGUGGACCUUGGUUGCACCGCACACCUUUCGGGCUGGAUUCAUUCCAAAGCUCAAGAUUUCGUAGCGACACACCAAUUCAUCCAUCGAGCGGAUGUUCUUAC